AUGCCUUACCUCACACCGCCGCCAACGGUCCAGAAGGGCAUCUUCACGCAACAACUUCGGCCAGAGUACUACGAAGACAUCUACGGCGAGAUCAAUCCGGACGAGGAUCAGCAUGCAGAGCGGUGCGAAUCGGAGUCGGAGAGCGACGGAGAUCGCGGUGAGCGCUACAGCCAGUCGAGGGAUUACCAGCGCCUUUUUGGAGGUUACGAGAAGACGCAACAAGAGGGGAAGGACGGUGAGGCAGGGGAGACCAGCCGGCAGAAGUACAAGAUCGCACCGCGUCUGAAUUCGCGGCAGUCCGUUCUCGUGCAGCGCAGGAAGACGCUUGUGCCUCAGAAGUUCGGCAUGUUUGGCGAAGCUGCUGAGCAUGCGGACGGCGACGGCGACAGCGAGAAGGACGGAGCAGAUGUCUUCGCUACUGGCACAAAGCGCAAGAAGCUGGUGCCGGUUAUCCAGAGGAAACUCCUGCCAAAGAGCGUCGGUAUGUUCGGCAGCCCGAUGGAAGCCAGUGGAGAUAUGGGCGAGAGCGAUGAGAACUUCUUGACGGCCAGCGAGAAGCGCAAAGUGCCGCCAGCGGUGGUCGAGAUCAGCGAUGGUGGCAGCGAGGACGAGACGGCGCUCUUCAUGCCUCUCGCCAAUGACCCUUCGCGGCGCACAGGUGCUCCAGUCCGACGUCCCGCGCACCGGCAGCUGAUCUCCCAGCAGCUGGCGGAGCGCGAGAAGGAGAGGAAGAUGGCCAAGCGGAAGGGGCGUGCGGAGCAGAUCGAGCUGAGGAAGAAAAUGAAGUCUUUCAGGAAGGGAGAAGCGGUCGUGGUCGUCGACAAGGGUGAGAUGGAGCGGACCGGAUUCCUUCGCUAUGACGGGUAA